AUGAUGCCUGAUGAACAGUUGGCUGGAUUGAUCGUCUUUCCGCUCGCAUUUAUCGGAGUACUUGCCAAUUGGACUGUGGCUCUCUUGAUUCGAAAGCUUCCGUCUCUGAAAAAUUCAUUCGGAAGACUUACCGCUUCUCAAUCCAUUGGAGAUGCAAUUCAUUCCACAGUUUUUGCAUUCUUGUUUUCUCCAAUCGGAAUUGAGUUCAUGAAAGAUUACUCCUCUGUCAUUGGUCAUAUCCUACUCAUUGCCUACGACAUCUCAACAUAUUCUCAUUUGUGUAUCUCUCUCAACCGUUUUUGCUCAAUCGUGGCUCCCAUCAAAUAUGAUACCAUUUUCAGCAUGGCUAAUACCAAAAAACUGAUUAUGUUCUCAUGGGCUUGCGCAAUUCUCCCUUCAUUUUAUCUCUACAUCUACCAUGACUGUAAAUUCUAUUACAUCGAUGAUUUUUGGGUUUUCACAUUCUCCGCUACUCCAGUCUGUGGAACUAUCGUUUGGUAUGCGGAUUUUUUGAAAUACAAUUCGAUUGUUAUAUCGAUUGUCAUAAUUGAUGUUAUCACUGUCUCCAAAGUUCGAAAUUACAAGGCUAAUCUCUCAAAAACCUGCUCGCAGACACACGCAAAGAAACGCAGUGCAGAAAUGAACUUCUUGAAACAAGCCUGCCUUCAAGCAUUUGUAUUUGUUUGUGAACUCAUCACCUACUUUUUGAUCACUCCAAAAGUAGAUGGAAGUGAGAGAUGGCUCCGUUUCUUCUUGUCCACUGUAGCCUGGGUUUGCGUUCACAUGCUGGAUGGAAUCAUUACAUUGAGUUUCAACAAAGAAUUCACUCAAACCAUCUUUGGUGGAAUCAGAAUCAAAGAUCUAUCUGGACACUCGGGAACUCAUACUCAUCAUACUCGCCACGAAACUUCGAACACAAGCAAACAUUGA